CGUUUGUGUGUUUGUUGAAGGCCGCUUGUGGAUGAGCACGCAGCAGGGGAAGGAGGGCGUGAUUGCAGAUCUUCCGCAGACACUCACACCACUGUCCGAGGCGGGUAAGUAAGGAGGAACCAAGGGCUCACCACUCACUACACGCACGCGACAAGAGUCAUCCGUGACUUUAUGGAUGCUGCUGCUGUGCUGUGAUGUGCGUGCGCUCGCCUUGCUUCGCCGCGCUUGCAGGCCCUUUCCCAGCAUCGUUGCUUCAUCAGACCCAUCCAGAUGUUGCUCCGUCAGCACCGCCUCCGCUUCACGAGGGCAUGCCGGGUCAGUCAAUUAGCGAGCGACAGAAUCAGCCGCCACGAUAUGCAUAUCAAAAUGUAUCUAUCUCUCUCUCUCUGCUGUGGGCCAUGUGCGUCGCCUUGUGUGUAUUGCGGGCACUGAUUGCAGCAGCCACCCCUCCCCCCACUCGCCUUUUCCCUCCACCCUCUGCCCGCCCUCCGUCCCUGACCGAGCCGCCAGACACCGCUGCCAUGCCAUACGAGGCAGCAGCGCGCGCGUCUCGCGACCCACCGCCUUACGAGGCACACGGUGACCCCCUCUGCAGGGCCUCACCACAGCCCACACAGCAACCAACCUAUCCACCACCCUCGGCAUCAUCGGCAGCGACAGCAACAGGAGGAGGGAGAGCACCAGGGCCGAACUAUCGACCCCCGCCUCCCUCAGUGCACCAGCGGAUGACUCCCCCUCCCCCACCGCCACCGCCCCCACCGCCACCACCACCGUCGAUGCCCCUCCAGCAGAGAGAGCGAGGCGGUGCUGAGAGGGUCAGGGCCGGGAGGCCGCCGCGGACCGACCCGCUGCGGCAUCUGAACCAUAGGCGUGUAUACCACACUGCAGGUGGGCAGGCUGAGUUCGUUUGCCGUCGUAAGGUGCUGGACGAGCCCAACUGGGAGGGGUACUUCGAGUGCGAGUGGGAAUUCGUCUAUGUGCCGCCCGGUAGGCCUACCGCCAGGGAAAGGUGAAAGAAAGAAGGUAUCUGGCCAUCUGUGAAUGUCGACCGUUGUUGUGGUGGCGCGUGCAUUGCAUUGUAUGUUUGAACAGAUUUCAAGAUAGUGUGGAGUGCGGGUGACGAUCCGAUGGAGUAUCGGCUGGUGCUCAGGGACGAGAUCAACCAACGCAUGAGCCAACUGGAUGACAGAAUACAGAAGCUGCAGGUAAGCAGAGCAGACCGGACAGACAGGCCUCAGAGAGCACUCUACUCACAUGCCAUGACCCUUUCCUUGUGUUGGUUUGCAGAAGAAAAACGACGCCCUGACAGAGGAGGUGAAGCGGCUGCGUGAGACGGCCGCGCCAACCCCUCCGCCGCCCGAAGACCACCCGGCCAUCGAGUACUGGCGGACCAGAUACCUCGCACUCGCCAAUGCCGUCAGGCUCGGUGCAGUACAGCCCGGAGACGCAGCGGCACACGCCCAAAUGGUGAACAAGGAGACCAAAGACACACAGAAAAGGUCGUCACUCACUGUGAUGUUAUGCUUGUGUGUAUGUGGGUGACUCUCUGUUGUUUGCAGCCGCCUGCUGUGCCGCCUCACCGCGCGCCACCCCCGUUGAUGCGGCCACCUGGGAUCGACCAGCCCCCACAGCACCCACUGAGGCCCUCGGCCGCUCCGCAGACACAGACGCCCGAGAUGGAGAGGCUGGGUGUCCAGACGCAGUUGCAGGGGAGCUGGCAAGGGCCCCCUCCGUCUGACCUGCCGUCGUCUCCAUUCACUCUCAAGGAGAGGGCGCUGCAACACCAGCACCAUCAGCUGCAGCAGAUGCCCGCGUACCCUGUGUCAGCAGAGGCCCAGCAGCAGCAGCAGCAGGUCCCACCCGGCUUUGCGCAGGAGGCUGCUCAGGGCUGGUUGGGGGGUAGUGGUGCGCCAGGGCCACUACCACCAGCAGCAGCAGCAGCGGCAGCAGCAACAGGAUCUGCUUCAGGUGGUGCAGCGACAGGUGGCGGUGGGGUGUCGACUAAGUAUGGCGGGCAGCUGGCUGUGUGCGUGGGGGCCUUCGAUGCUGUCGAAGACACAGAACUCAGACUCAGAGAAGGUCAGUCAGUGAGUGAGGCUAGUGAGAGCAGGGCAAGACAGCGGGCCGGGCCGACGUGUAUGUGUAUGUGUAUGUGUAUGUCUGCAUGUGUUCUCUGUCCCCUUAGGUGACAUAGUGGAGGUGUUGUCAUCCCAUCCCCGGGGAUGGAGCUGGGGGCGACUCGUCUCAUCAGGGUGAGGGACGGAGGGAGGGAGGGAGGGAGAAUACAUUCUUUGGGCGAAUUCAAGGAUGGCUCUCUGUCUGUCUGAUGGAUGGAUGUCAGUGUGGUUGGCGGCGAAGGCGGCGGCCCGUCAUUCGGUUGGUUUCCCGCAGAGCUGCUGCGGCCCUAUCAUGAAGCCCAGGCUGGUGGUGCAGCUGCUGGGAGGGGGGAGGGGUAGCGUAGGUUAGGGUAGGGUAGCUAGUGCCAUGUGUGGUGUGGUGUGCCUGCGGGGUGGGAUGGGAAGAAUGCGUGUAUAUGGGUGGGCAACGGGUGGAUGUGAGUGGGUGGGUGCACUGGGGCGGGGGGCGCCUGUCUGUCUGACUGUCUGUCUGUCUGUCUGUCGUCCGCCUGCCUGUCUGUGCGCGCGAGAAAGAUGGUGUGAGCCAUUUCCGUCUUCACAUGCCUGUCGGUCUGUGUGUGUGUCUUUAUUACGUUUAUUGCCUUUUGUGUGUCUUUUGUUGUGUUGUCUGUGUUCGGCGUCCGCUUUCUCGGUUGCUCACUCACUUGUAAUCUCUUUCAACCAACCAACCAACCAACCAGCCAGUCGCUUGCUUGCACAGCUUUAUCACACUGCCAUAAAGUGUGUGUGCAUGGGUGGGGGAUUUGUUGCUCGUGUGUCGCCUUACACCGCAUCAGUGCGUGAGAGAGUCAGUGAGUCAGUGAGCGAGAGACUGCAACAAUGGCGCGCAUGCGUGUCUCUGUCUGUCUGUCUGUAUGUGGUGGGUGGGUCAUUAUGUGUGCCGAUGAGUUUAUUGACAGGGGCCCUUCCAGGCACUGGCAUACAGACAGACAGACAGACAGACAUGAUUGCCCCCGUGUCUUGUCGUUUCUCGUCCUACUCACCUGUUGUUCCUUUUGUCAACCGACCAGUCGCUCGCUCGCUCGCUCGCCCCCUCGGGCAGCGAUUGUCGUCCUUCUUUCUUGCCCUAGUCGCGAUGUCGCACGUGUUUUGUUGCACUUAAGCACCUCACUUAGUGACAGUGGUCCCACGCCCAGAGAGAGACAGUGAGAGAGAGAGCGUCAGAAAGCGUCAAAAGACAGUGUCACUCUGGUCGAGUCGUGCUUAGCCCUCUCUGCCUGCCUGCCUGCCUGCCUCUCCCUCCUCCCCUCUCUGCCCUUUUCCUGAAUGAAUGCAUGAAUGCACCCAUGGCAUAUGAUAAUGGAUGGGCCACGUUUAGUAGUGAGUGAGUGAAUGAUGCCAAACGACCCGACCCCCCUCCCGCACCCAUACGUCUGUCUGUCUGUCUGUCUCGUGUCACGCUGCCCUGGCCUCGUAUUUUUGGAUUCCUCUUUCCACACAAUCUAUCUCUUGCCUUUCUAUCUAUCUGCCUGUUUGCCUGACUGCCCGUCUGCCUGUCGACGAUCCGCCGAGCGCUCGUGAGCAAAGCAGCCAAGGAGAAAGACGAGAAGGACAAAGGAAAGGGCCCGUCCGCUCGUCCGCUGGCUGAUUUCAACCCCUCUCAUCUCUUGUCGCCCCUUGAUUGAUUGAGGCGGGUAUUUUUUAACACAUACCAUACGUACACACAUAUGUACGCACGAGAUGACAAUGAAUGGUGCGUUUAGACGUACGUACGUACGCGCAUCGCAUAGGUGGGGCGGGUGUGUGUGAUGGCCGCACUUAUGCGCCAGGUUUUGAGUGAGUGACUGAGUGAGUGAAUGAGUGAAUGGUUCAUAUGGGCAGACGGGGGUGGGGGGCAGGCAGCCAGGGAGGGAGGGAGGGAGGGGGGAAGGGAGGGGCCUGGAUGUGGGAUUCGUGUCCGUGCCGUCGAUGUAUCUGCUGCAUGUGGUCGAUUGUUUUAUAAUUCUUACAAUGACUCGUGGGGUUCAUGUGGCUGUGCACGUAAGCGUGUCUGAAUGUUUUAUAAUUCCUACGACUCACUGACUGACCACCUGCAUGGCAUGGCGUCGUGGCGCUCUCUCCCGUAGAGCGCUUUCGUGUG